AUGCGGUCCUUACCCAGAUUAAUAUUUGCGGGGAUAUUGAUUCAGUUAUUGAUUCCUAAAUCAGCUUCUACUGGAUGGAUGCAAACCACUGUGCAGUUCCUGACAAAGCUAAAUGAUGUAGCUCGGUUAGAAACGCAGUGCAGCUCGUCCUCAAAGGAAGAAAAAUUCGAUUGCUUCAUGGAGAAACUCACAGAAGACCUUCCCAUCUUUGAAGAAUUUUUAACCCAGACCAACCUAAAAGAAACAGAGCAAACUGAUUUCUCGGGCCUGAAGCAGCUCUAUACUGCAUUUGCUGACUUUACGGGAAACCGGAAGGGAUGGUCUAAGUUUGGACAUGAAAAAUCUGAAUCUCAACUGGCAAGCAGCCAUGUCAAAAAACUUCUAGAUUGUUCACGUCUUCGAAAUUUAUACGAACAAACCUUUAGACCUCUUGUGGCAAGGCUGCAAAGAGAUAUCGACGUCCGCGAAGAAUAUCCAAAUAAUGAUCGUUCGUACAAUAUGUUUUUUGAUAUUAAAGGAGCGUGCGAUCAAAUUGAAGUGCAGCCUCGAAACGUACCAACACUGUCAGUCAAAGAUGUUUGUCCAACCCGAUAUAAGUGCACACCGUCUAUCUUUAAUUCAAGUGAUAAUGCUUGCGGCCAAAACAAAUCGAAAUGUGACAUCAACAAAGCCAUUCCACAUAUGAUUGGCGUAUUCUUCUAUAAAGUGAGCUUUGCAGUCUUGAAUAGAUUUUGUAGGGAAAAAUGUACUGAUGGUGGCUGCAAAUUGACGAGAGAAGACUUCUCCAGCAUUGCCAAGCAGGUGGAGUUGAUGAAAGCGUUCAGAAGUUUGCCCCCAGAAGACCCGUUCGGGCCCAAUAAAUUUUUUCAAACAGCUAUUUCAAAGAAGGCCUACUACGAAAUAGCGGCUGCCAUGGAGAUCAUAGGCAAAAACGAGCAGCAUUUCAAAAAAAUUGACCUGAAUAUUGCCAGCUUCGCUUGUAAAGAACAUAUAUCUCAGCCCGCUUGUCACGUGGCAAGAGUAUAUCCACAUUAUCUGCUGUUGAAGAAGAUGAAGGAAAAAAGGCUUGAUCCGGGACAUACUGGGGAUACAAGGGAUCUAACUCUUUAUCAGAAUGUUGACCAUGCUAAAAUAAUUGAACUAAAGAAAGAAACUAUUAAACAUAACGAGCUGCUGUCCGCCGUUAACCAGCUUAAUAAAAACCUGGAAACACAAGUCCGAGGAAUUGCUUCUUAUUUUAAAGGAGUUGCUAGCUUCGAUCAAGAUAUAGCAGACGCGGAUGUGAUAUUCAUAAAAGGCAAACUUAAAGAUUUUGAUGGGGAGUAUGAAAGAGUUAAGAGAAAGGUGAACAGUGAUAUGAGGGACAUCAAGAAUCUCACCCUGGGCCUUGUGAUUACUGAGCUGGUGGAGAAUACAGUAGCUCUCGUAGCAAAAAUGGCAGAAGAGUCAAACCCCAUAGCCGCGAUAUUCACUGGUGUAGACUCCAAGGGUAUACGUGACGCAGCAAAAGAUGUUGCCAAAGCAGCAGCAAACGUGAGGACAGCGGAAGCACUUGCUUCAGCCAUGGAAGGACUUGUGAAUGAUACCGAAGAGAUUGGAACUUGCUUGCAUAACAAUCAAAAUCAAAUAAAGUCUAUGAAAUCCCUCGUGGAUAAAAUAAAGAAAAACCAGGCAGAUGACAUUGGUGACGACGCAGAGACAUUUAUUACAGAAUACUCUAAUUAUACACCAAAAGUGGCUGGACAUCGCAUGGCCCAGAACAUUGCUAAGUGGGGGGCUUUCAAAGAUUCCUUUUGUGAUCUGAUAAAUGGGGCUGAAGGGGUUGUGGCGUCUGGUGCAAAAGCUGCAAUAGCUAAUGGUAUCUUAUAUUGUGAAAAUUUGGAAGCAUCAAUCGCCGAGUUUGGUGCUCUCAGAGAAAACAUUUUUGACUUUCAAUUUGAAAUGGUGGACAGUCUUGCUAGGGUUAUGAGAGGCAACGUAGCCAAAAAGUUAGCUGACUCCAUUCAAGGGCAAGAAGACGACAUUUUUAAGGCUGAUCAGCUGUUGGGCGGAUUUCUGAUGUCACAACAAUUUAUGCAGUCCCAUGCUUGGCUAUAUUGCGACAAACUUGAGUAUAAAAAUGAGGGACAAAGGGUUCAGGCAUGCUCACCAAGAACUGGUCUUUUCACAAACCAUGACCUGGACAAUCUUGUGGCUUUCAAAACUGAGCAUCAAACCCAAAUGUCGGUCGUGCGCACAGUUCACAUCCCAACAAAACCUCAGUACGAAGGAGAUUUGGGUUUUAUCAACAUCCAACGGUUUGCAAGUGAAAAGAAGGCGUCCUUUAGACUACCACGAAACGUAACCUGGUUGUACACAUUCGACUGGAGCUUGAUUGGUGAAUCACAAGCCCCAUACGUCGAGAACUUUCAACUGUUUUUACCAAACAGAGAGUACAACACUGGCUCAGGGAAGAAAAAGAGGUCAACUCGCAUAGUAGUUACCGCCGAUACGCAGGCAGGCAGCUACGUUUCUGCAAAUGUGAAUUCAUCUGUGUUGUACAAGUUACCAGAGAUGCAAACGUCAUACGUAACAGUCUACCAAGAAGGCUAUCGAAGUUCAACAUGCCCACAGGAAAUUCCCAACCCAUACAGCCUCUGCAACAACCUCCCUAACAUAUGUCUCACCUCCAGCAACGAAGCAGGCGAUAGUCUUCUACCCACAACGCUGUCUAAAUGGAAGGUGACGUACAAUGUUCAGUCUGGACAAGAGGUAGUAAAAUGGUUGGCACCAACCAACGUUACGACCAACCUUAACCUUAUCGCAAAAAUUAAACUUCGAAUGCCGAAGGUGUCGGCAAAUCCACUAGCAGAAAUCACAAGAGCGAAUGACCAACCAGAUUUAUGUUGCGAAGGCGACACCUACCGCGCGUCGUUGGUUGACAGUGUGUGCACGGAUUGUCCAACUGGAUCCACUUCAAAGCUUGGAGGAUACUAUUGUGAAGCCAGCUAUUCCACAGAAAGCAAGAAAAAAAGAAAGAAAGAUCAAGGAAAAAUGGAAAGAAAAAAGAAGAAUGACAGAAAGACCAAAAAGCGAAAGAACAAAGAACGCGUAGCCUCUCGUUGA